AUCAAGAUGCUGAAGCCUGCAGCAUAAGGGAGGAACUUGAUAAACUGAUGACACUGCAGCAGCCUUUAAGUGGAAGUUGUAACAAUUCAUCGGAGACAGCAAAAGAUGCAACGGUAGAGAAUUUAAAAGCAGCACUCGUAGAAAUUCAACUAUGUUCCAGGUUGGAGUCUCUGUUACUAAAGAAGAAAUCCUUGAACAAUGGGGACUCACCUGAGUUGCACACUGAAAAGGUCGAAAAAUUGAAAGUAUUAUCAGAAUCUCUUGCUAAUUCCACCUCACAAGCAGAAAAGCGCAUUUUGGACCAUAGAUUUCAAAAAGAAGAAGCACUUAAUUUUCGUGUAGCUAAAGCUAAUGAAGUAAGCCGACUUGAGAAGAUAGGGAAAGCUUUUUUGAAGCAGCUGAAAGUGUUCCUGAGAAAAAUUACUUAGAUGUGUAUCGCUUUGAAUCAUGGGGAGGUUCACUGCUACCAACAUAUGCUGUUGGACAACAGAUGAGGGCCGAGUUCUAGCAACUGUGAGGGUUCAGCCAUCUCAUGGUUAACUAACGACAUUUGUGGAACAUCCUAGAAUGAGCAGGCUGAUCCCCAACUUCUUUUCCAUUCAAAUGGGUUAUGCAUAUAUACUCACGCAGCCUGGAAUACCUUCCGUUUUCUAUGACCACUUCUAUGAUUCGGGUGAUUCAAUUCAUGAUCAGAUUGUGAAACUGGUACAGCAGUGUAGCUAGGUAGUUCCUUUAUUAACUUGUGUCUACUAGAUUCUUCAUUCAUUAAGCAUUUGGACUUGUCUGCAGAUUCAGAUUAGUAGAUAUGGGACAUUUUGAACUGAUCGAUGCUCAUGAUUAGGUUGUGUACAUAAGACAAUGGUGGAUUAAUAGAAAUUGCAAUGAAU